AUGCAAUGGAGACGCUUCUGUAAUUCGACACUUUUGCAUGCAAACGAAAGCAAAGCAAAUGCAAUUCUCGAGACUCUAAAUGCAACGCCACUUGAGGUUGAAUUGCCGACAACAAAGCGACGCAGAGCGAUUAGACAUAAAAGUGCGCUCAAGCGCUUUACAGGAAUAAUGCGGCACAGUCAAGUAUGGGUGACAACACAGAAAGUGAAGGAAGUUCAGAGUGUUGCGGACUGA